CAGAUGGAGUGGGUUUUCGUGAAAUGAAUAGGUACAUUGCCCUGAUGCAAUCGAAAGGCGGUUUCGGGAUCUCUUACUCAGCGAAGUCUAUUGUGAACGUGGGAGAUAAACAAUGGGUACUAAGCAAAAACGGGCAACAACGUCAGCGCAGGCCAUAGUCGCGAAUAACGAUGACAAUGCUGCUGGGGGAGUUGUCGAGGUCAAGGCAAGAGAUUGCGCUGCAUUGGCACUCUCAUCCAAAAUCGGUGAUAAGAUAGAAAGCGCCGUCUACUGCGAUUUUGAUCUAGACGUGACUGGCUUCGAACAGACCGCCGCUGCCCUCUCGCCUACUGAAGUGGCUGCCGGUGGCCUGAGCUCCAGUCGCACUUCCAUAAACAACUCGACUGAAAAUCUGAGCUAUUCGAGCGACAACUUUUAUGGUGACGAUCUCAUCAUAUUGGACGACGACGACCUGAACGCGGAAGAGAUGUCGAUCAACUCAGACGACUGUGUCUACGCCUACCGUGGGGGCGGGGCUGGCUUUGACAUUGACUUGGGGACCGCGACCAUGGGCAGAGGGCGGGAUCACCUAGACUUCGACCUAGGACCCGUCAGUGCUGAACGAGGCGUCGAUGAUGAAACCGAGUUCUUGGAAAUGGACUUUGAACCGGACCCGUCCUCGGAGCUGGAAUUCACCGGAGGAGCUCAGGAUAUGGGCAUAAUGCCGCAGGCCAAUCUGUUGCUGAUGCAGCGCGACUAUAGCCAGAUAAGCGGCAUAUGCUUGGCCACUCCUACGCAAGAAAGGCAGCUGUACAGCUCGCCUAUCGACGAUUUUUUGCAGGAUGAUGUGUUUCAACAGCAGAAGCAGCGCCUUAGCAAGAAGUUCGCUCGUAUAAGCUUGAAUCUGAACCAAAUCAAGGACAGAGACAAAGUGGAGUCCACCGGGGAUGGACAUUUGGUUGAGUCGGCCCAAGCACACUCGCUGCCAAACGCCUUGUACACCGACUCUAGUUUUGGGCGUAGCAAAACCAUGCCCAGCGAACAUCCGGAGCCCAAAGUGACGGGUGCUAAGCCAAAGCGACUAUCCCAGUCCUCGUCUGUAAUGUCCAAAAGUAGCUCCUCAUCCAAGUCGCGCCGCACUCAGCCCUCGAUCAGUUUCGACGAACGUUGUUACAGUUGCACUGAUUUCCGGGCAACCUCGGUGUCAUCAUGGGAGAAGCAGCAGUCAGGGUUAGGGCAGAGUCAAGCACCUCCCAUUUUGGUCGCAUCGGCGGCAGUAUUGGCCAUAGCCUCGUCUUCCUCCUGUAUGGCCCAUUUCGACUUAAGCUAUAAUGAGGAAAACUGCCUAGACUGUCUGGAAAAGGAGUUCUUGGCUAACACCAUCGGCAAGUCCCUGGACCAAAGCACGUGCCCCAAGUGCCGAAGGCAAGUAGGUGGGCGAGUCAGUAGCCUUUCGCUCUACGCCUGCGCGGAGCAGACGCGCUGUCGUAGUGGUUUGCCAGGAUACUUUGGUAAUAGCCUGUACGCCGGAUGGCUCGAUUUCUCAGGAGCCGGAACAGAGUCCGACCUCAGUUUGGGUCCAGCCUACAACCAAAAAAUUAUUUCGUGUGAUAAUAAUUUUAACAUCGUACAGCUGCUCAACAAAAGCUUUCCAAGUGAGCCGCUGGUGGCUCGACUGUUUACAGAUAAGACAUGCGAUGAGAAGCACCUAGUGCAGGCGCUGGAAAAACUGCACGUGUCCUACGACAGGGAGAUACUGCAUAGCUAUUUUAACCUGCUGGAAAAACGGCGAAAGACGGACAGCAGUGUCAAUCUUAAGCAGCUACUUACGCAGGCCUCAAAGCGUCAAGGAAACCACCGCAAGGUCAAACGGCUGAUCGAGCUGGCGACCCACAAGCAGAUAAUCGUGCAAUUUAAGCGGAAAGAUGCAGGCACUACUGAAUUGGUGCCCAUUAAAGUGGCCGACAUACUCGAUGCCUGGAAACGUUAUCGAGAUCUGUCUCCCCUGCGGCAGUUAAAUGCGCGCUUUCAUUGCACGAAUGUGUUGGGAAAAGUUGGCCAUAUUGUGAGACAGGCAACGGUAGCGGCAUUUACAUCGGCACAGGCUUCCUCGACGCCUUCCUGCAGUCGCGCCCUGCCUGAAGUUCUAAUGAUCCCGCAGUAUUACGAGAGCGGAGAGCUAACUUUGACUCGCAAAUGUUAGGGUGUACUCGCAAACCUUUCUUCUUACUCCCACACGAACUCACCCAGAUACACACGCAAGGGUUUACGUAACUUAACUUACUUAACCGUUAACGUUUGCAAAAUUCAUAUAGUACCGUUAUCAAUGUAUCUGCCACCUCCACAAAACCUAACUAGAAACAAUUAGUACAUGCGUAAGCACAGAAGCAUAAAGUAUCGCACCUCGUACGGGGGCUCACAGCUUAUUUCUCUGAUGCUUAACAUUGUUGUUUAUUCAUUCAAAAAUACUUAACAUAUAUACAUAUGUAAAUAUUUUUUUUAAUUAAUAACCUAAUUUGAACCAAAUAACUCAUAAAAAUAAUGGUCAUUAAAAAAGUGUUAAGUAGAGUUUCAUUACUUUUUGAAUUUAUUCUAUCAAUUUCUUUUUUGAUAAAAUGGUACCCCACUCCCUUACCAGUGCGUUUUUUUUUUGGUGAUUUUGGUUGAAAAUGUUAUUUUUUUCAAACGUUUUUAAUAUUGGGGCGACCCUAGAUAAACCUGUUGGUUUAUUAUUGCGCUUUGUUGUGGGCCUGUACGUCGAGUGCUGGUCCUGCAAAAGAAAUUGUUUGGAUCCUGAACAAAUAUGCCUUCUCGUUCUGAAGAAUUAUUGGAAAAUCUUCCUAAUAAUUAAAGUUUUCGUUAUAGCCAAAGUAUCGCCAUAACAGUCUCUGGACACUAGCGAUAUCCAAAAUGUCGAGAUACGUUUGAAAAUAUACAAUUUUUAGCUAAUAUCACCCAUAAAAUCUCAUACUCUCAAUAUUCAAUACGUUAUAAAAUUUUUCUUGAUUAGAAGGGUGAUAAAACUAUAUAUUUAGAUUUUUUAUUAAUGGCCAAAAAUAUUAUGAGUUUACUUUGUUCUUUGGUUAAAAUAAGCUGUGACCUUUAUUUUGUACUUUUUCGUUUUUAAUUAAGUAUUCUUUGAAUAAAUAAACAAUUGUAAGUAUAAGAGAAUUAGCCUGCGUUUAAAUUUUUAUACCCGGUUCACCAGAUUUAAUAAUUUGUGAAUCAACGCCAAAAAUUCGUCCCUAGUUUCCAAUUUCAAUUUUUGCUACGAUUGUCGAGUAAAAAUGUCAAAUAUGCUGGCGUUGCAGUCGACAGACUGGUGAAAGGGUGAUUUAUGCAGUGAUGAAUUUCGGAGCUGCAUACGAGGAAACCAAAUUUGAAUAAAAGUUUAAGUAGUCAAGAAAUUUAGUUGCCCACUCGUGAAACAAUUCAACUGGGUCCCUGCCAAAUUCUAAAUCCGUAAAUCUAAGUUAAAACGCUUUUUUUUUAAAUAUAAUUACGCGUUAUGAAUAA